CACGGAUGCUGCGUGCGUUGGAUUGCUCAUCUCUCCGCUUAGCGGCCAAGCACCUGCGACGAUGGUCAGACUCGCCGCCCUUGCUUGGGCGACUGCUGCGAUCACAGGCUCUGCGAGCGCCGCGCCCGAGGUCGACGUGAACGGCAUUCUGGAUAUCAUUCGGGCCAUCCAGCAGGCGGUGGACUGCCAGUCUUGCCAUGCCGCGCUAGCUCCGCUCCAGACCCUGGCCAGGAAGGGCGACGAGACCUUCGUCAGUGCGAUUACGAACAUAUGCACGGUCUUUCAGAUCGAGGAUCCGGAUGUCUGCGCAGGCGCAAUCAAAGACCAAGCUCCCAUCCUCGCUCAUGACUUACGGAAGAUCGAUGUCGGAGGCGAAACCGCGACGAAGAUGUGCGAUGCAGUGUUCGGUCUCUGCCAACCACCCCCGGUGAACGAGUUGCCAGUCAAGUUCCCGAAGUCUGCCCCAGAUACACCGCAGACGUUCACUUCCACCGGGAGAACGCCAUUCAAGGUCGCGCAUUUUAGUGACGUGCACAUUGAUAGGCAGUACACAGUCGGUGCGGAAGUGAACUGCACGAAACCGAUUUGCUGCAGACACUAUGACGAUCAAGAGUCGAAGAAAGGGCACAACAUCAAGGUCGAGGCUAGGCACCAUGGAGAGAGGAAUUGUGACUCCCCGCCGUCUCUCGCGGACUCGAUGCUGAGCGCAGUGCAAGAGGCUGCCCCGGACGCAAUGUUCUCCCUUUUCACUGGCGAUGUUGCUGAAGCCGCCGUAUGGUUGCUUGAUCAGAACGAAGUCACGAAGGAUCUGCAAGAGUUCAACCACCAGAUGGCCUCCCGACUUGGCUUCCCGGUCUUCGGCGUAAUCGGCAACCAUGACUCUGCGCCCGUGAACAACUUCCCCCGCAGCACGACCGAGGCGCCGAACGUGCAGUGGGUGUUCGACGUCCAGAGCCAAGGCUGGAGGAAAUGGAUUAAUUCGACCUCGGCAUACCAGCUGGUUCAUAGGUCGGGGAGCUAUGCGACGGUUGUCCCUGGGACGAAGUUGAAGAUUAUAUCUAUCAACACGAACUACUGGUAUAAACAGAACUUCUGGCUCUAUGACAGCGACGAGCAGCAACCAGAUCCGAACGGCAUCCUCGCCUUCAUGGUGCAGGAGCUCCAAGCAGCCGAAGACGCCGGCCAGCGAGUGUGGAUCAUCGGACACUCGCCUGUGGGGAAGGGCGAUAUCAUGUGGGACCAGUCGAACUAUUACGACCAGAUUGUGCAGAGGUAUAAGAAUACGAUUGCGGGGCAGUUCUUUGGGCACACGCACUCUGACGAGCUACAGAUCGCCUACUCUGAUUAUAAGAACCGGACAGCGGAGAACGCAGUGAGCGUCGGGCUCGUCGCGCCCGCUCUCACCCCGCGCAGCGGCAAUCCCGCGUUCAAGGUCUAUGAGGUGGACCCGGAUACGUACGAGGUCAUGGACGCCAAGUCGUACUUCACCAACAUGUCCGCGCCGGGCUUCCGCAAGCAACCCAAAUGGUCCCUCUUCUACAGCGCGCGCGAGUCCUACGGGCCCCUGGUCGACCUGCCCGCCUCCGCGCCGCUCUCGCCCGCGUUCUGGCACAACCUCACGGCGCUCAUGGCGCGCAACGACACGCUCUUCCGGCUGUACCAGCACCGCAAGAACGGGGGCGUGCGCCGGCGGCCGUGCAGGGGCGAGUGCAAGGAGAAGACGCUGUGCCAGAUGCAGAGUAUGCGCAGCGAGGAUGAUUGCAAUACGGUGACGCCCGGGGUGCCGGGGCUGCACGGGGCGCAGGAGGUUAUGGACAUGGGGAUGGUCCCGCACGCGCUGGAUCGGAGCCAUAGGGACCGCGCGCGGUGCGAGGUUACGGGUUUGAGCGGGAUUUUGAAGGCGUUCCUGGGCAAGACGAGGCGCGCGGGCUUCCAGCGCGAGUUGUGUGAGUGGACGCAGGACGCGGAGGGGUGUACGGCGUAAUUAUGGAUGUGGAUGGAGGGGGGGUGUAGGAUUGCGGACCUUUAACGGGCUGGUGCGUUUUUUGGUUUAGACGAUGUAUCUUGUAUGGACUACUCGGUUUUCUGUAUCCCGUCUUUAUGUAUGCGUAAUUCGCGGUCAGGUGUAUUGUGUCGUACUCAGUGGGCGCUCUCUUUUUAAUCCAUGCACUCCUGAUGGAUCUCCGACAGAGGAUGGUGA